AUGGUUCUUCCAAUCCUGGGAUGUGAUGUAGAUUUUUUUUUUUUUUUUGUAAUGGUAGUGAUGUAGAUUUAUACAAUGCAGUGUUGUUCCUAGAAGUACUCUCUCUCUCUCUUUCUUUCUCUCUCUAAAAACUAUAAUGGAUGCCCCUCUAAGGGGAAGAGCAACGAACACCAAGAGAAGGAAUGACAAAGAGCACCAUGAAACACAAUUCAUCCAAUUCGGAACUUUCAGGCCAGCUUCUAACGUAUCUCAGCAAAAUUCAGGCGACCUCAGACAAGAAACCAUCUCUCCAAAUAUCAGAGAUCAUGACCAAAAUCGACGAUCCCAGCUUUCAAUCCCCUUCAAUGUCUCCACAUACCAAUCGAAUUCCCGCAGGCCGCCGGAAGAGGCUUGUCCGGUCCCCAUUCACCGACCACUCCAGGUUGGCACGGCCGGAGUCAGGAGCGUCCGCCUCCUGGCAAAUUAUUCCCCGGUAUCCUUCAAUCCCCAUCUCGAGAUCCUCCAUUACGACGUCGACAUAAGGCUACCGGAGUCUCCUUCGCUGGAAAUCUAUCUUCCGAAAUACGUCGCCCGUCAAGUCCACGCAGAGCUCUUUUCCGGACAGUUUUUUACUAAAAUCAGUGCUUACGAUGGGAGGAAGAACCUGUAUUCGAUCGCUCCACUACCUGAAGGUAAGUACACAGUCAAAAACCCCGACGAGAAUCUCCGGCAAUAUAUCGUCACUGUAAAAUUGGUAAAAUCUCUGCAAGUGAAUCGUCUCGCAGAGUAUUUUCGCGGCUCCCCCAUUGGAGUGCCGUCGGAUGUGUUGCAGGCUCUGGACGUGGCGCUGGAUGAGCACCCCAACCGGUGUCGGUUCUCUGUCGGGCGGAGCUUCUACCGUCCAGCAAACGAGCCCGAUUCGGGAAUCGGGUGUGGAAUAGUGGCGUUGAGGGGGUACCAAAAGAGUCUCAAGGUGACUGAACAAGGCCUGGUUAUCAACACCGACUACACGGUGACCCCAUUUUACGACAGCAUUCCGGUGCUCGAUUUCCUGAAGGAGAACCUGGGGAUCGAUUUUAGAGAGAGAGAGUGCAUGACUGAUACCGAGAGAACAGAUGUCGAGAAAUGCCUGAGGGGGCUGGCGGUGCAGGUCACACACAGGAAGACGAACCAGAAGAACAGGAUCAUCGGGCUCACGAGUCGCAGCGCGAGGGAGAUGAGUUUUGAGAUGGAAGAGGAGAGACAGAAGGAGAAAAGUGCAAAAGAUAGAGGAGCAGAGGGAGGAGAUAAGAAAAAGAAGAAGAAGAAGAAGAAGAAAAGGAAUGGUGGAAGAGAGAGUGAGAAGGGAGAAGAAGAGAAGAGAGAGAAUAAGAAGACAGGGGAAGAAGAGAGAGGAAGAGGGGAGAAGAAGAAAAGGAUUAUUGGGGUUGUGGAGUAUUUCAAGGAGACGCAUGGGAUAGGGUUGAAGUGCAAGGAGUUGCCAUGUCUAGACUGUAGUACUAAGGGUGGGUUGAAUUACAUUCCAAUGGAGUUGUGCACCAUAGUGGAGGGGCAAAGGUUCAACAAGGACAUGUCUCAGUGGGAGUCGGCACAGAGGGAGCUCAGAAAAAGGUGUUGUGCAAGCCCAGUUGAGAGGUGCAGGACGAUCAGGGAGAUGAUGAGUGCUGAUGAUGGGCCUUGCAGGGGGGAGGUGGUGCAUGAGUUUGGCCUCACAGUGGAGGGGAAGAUGACAGAGCUUCCCGGGCGGGUCCUACGACCGCCGGAACUCCAGCUCGGCCCCUCCGGUCGCCGCCAACGGCUCACCCCCCGCGAUGGUGACUGCCAGUGGAACCUCCAAUUGAGCCAUGUCUUUGAGGGCAAGCGCAUCGACUGUUGGGCCAUUGCAGGAUUUGGAAGGCCCAAUGCCUUCCACCGGAUGCGACACCUCCUGCACUCAUUCGGUGCAUCCCUUUCAAGCCGAUGCGGAGAGCUCGGCAUCCCUAUGCGCCCCCAGCCUCUAGGCGUCCUCCCUCUGAAUGUCGAAGCCCUCGGCAAUCCACCAGAGCUGGAAAGGCAUCUCGCUAGUGUGCUGGGAGAGGUGGGCGGCCAUCUACAGAUCCUGAUAUGUGUCAUGCCGGGCCGCCAUCCCGGAUACAAGCAUCUCAAGCGAAUCUCGGAGACCAAAAUAGGGUUCCUAACACAAUGUUGUCUGAGCCGCCAUGCUUGGGGGGCUAACCCACAGUUCCUUGCGAACCUCGCGCUGAAGAUCAAUGCCAAGGUUGGAGGGAGCACUGUUGCACUGAGCCGCCCAGUGGACCGACAAGGAGGAACAAGCGGAGGAGUGGUAUACAUGGGGGCUGACGUGAACCAUCCUGGACCAGGGGACAGUGAUGCCCCCUCAAUUGCAGCAGUGGUCGCCAGUGUGAACUGGCCGGCAGCAAAUAGAUAUGCAGCAAAGAUACGUGCUCAGAAGUCCAGAGAGGAAUGUAUGCAGGGGAUGGAGGGCAUGUGCAGAGAGCUCCUCCAAGUGUCUUCGCGAGCCAGAGGUGGUUUGCCGGCCAGGAUCGUGCUAUUCCGAGAUGGGGUGAGUGAGGGGCAAUUCGGCAAAGUACUAAAAGAUGAGCUUGGUGCCCUGAAGCGGGCGUGCAGUUCUAUGGCAAAUGGAUACGCCCCGCAAAUUACUGUCGUUGUGGCUCAGAAGCGUCACCGGACGCGUCUGUUCACCGCAGAGGACGUCCCGAAGAAUGUCCCCGCUGGGACAGUUGUAGACACAGUGAUAGUGCACCCAAGAGAGUUUGAUUUCUUCCUCUGUAGCCACUCUGGGGGGCUCGGGACAAGCCGGGCCACACACUACCAGGUGCUCUAUGAUGAGCAUGGGUAUAGCUCUGAUGGGAUCCAAUCGAUGGUGAACAGUCUAUGUUAUACAUUUGCGCGGUGCACAAAGCCGGUAUCGCUGGUUCCACCAGUAUACUAUGCUGAUUUGGCUGCAUACAGAGGACGGCUCUACUGGGAGGCGUAUGCAGAGUCACAGUCUCCAGCAUCAACUGUGUCGUCUUCAUCGUCUGCGACCACAUCAAGCUUGCUGUCGAUGGGGUCCUUCACAUCAUCAUCAACCUCUUCUUCAGACUACUCUGGAUUACCUUUGCCCCGGAGUAACCUUGAGACCCUCAUGUACUACUGCUAGCAUGCACCUACGUCCCUCCCCUAAAAAUGAGGGUGAUCGACACUGCAAAGUCAUUGAUCAACGGUUCAAAAUCAAUCCACAAUUUUCUUUGGGGGUUUCACAAUC